AUGCUUAGUGCGUUACUGUUGUGUAUAUUUUGGGGCGUCUGCGCGGUCAUAGCAUGGCGCGCCUAUUCAGGGAAGGCGUCUGCCCAUCCCUUACCUCCAGUUCUCUCUGGUGGUAUACCUAUCAUUGGACAUACGUAUGUCAUCAGUGGGAAUACUAAAACAUUAUGGGACGUAUUAAAAUCAAUGUCAAUGGAGAGUGUGAGAAAUGGCGGCUUGAUCUACGCUCAUAUUGGAGGAAAGAUUUAUUACUUGGUAACCGAUCCUGAUGAUGCGUUAACAGUAGCCAACACAUGUCUUCAGAAACACUUCAUUUAUAACUACUUAGAUAAUUGGCUGGGUAAUGGACUCCUUACGGCUUCAGGAGCAGCAUGGCAGCGCCAUCGGAAACUCCUAAACCCAGCGUUUACAGUAUCAGUGAUACACAACUUCCUCGGUAUCUUCAAUCAUAUGGCGAAGCAGUUCAACAGUGAGCUGGCUGCUCAUGCUGGGAAGGAACCCUUUGAGAUCAGCCACUAUUUGAGGAUCAUUGCCUUCCAGACUUUUAGCAGAACUGCUUUUGGUAUUGGUGAUGAAAGCGUGAAAGAGUUUGCCAGAAAAUACAUGGAGUCAUCAGACCAGCUCAUGAACAUGGUGGUAUACAGGUUCCAGAACGUUUGGCUCCAUAGUGACUUGAUAUUCAGGCUCACUGGACUGAAGAAGAAGGAACAAAAACUCAUCAAGACUUUGGAUGAUAUGGCUAAUCAGGUUAUAAAGAGAAAAAAGGAAGAAAUGAAACAUCAAUCAAAGGAACCAGAGACAGGUACAAGGUGCAAACCCCUAAUGAGCCUUCUACUAGAACUUAAGAAUGAUGAUACUCUUACUGAGAAAGAGAUAAAAGAAGAAGUAGAUACAGCUAUACUAGCUGGAUUCGAUACUACAUCUAAUACUCUGACGUGUAUGCUGGUGCUCAUAGGGUCCCAUCCUGAAGUGCAAAGGAAGAUGUAUGAAGAGAUGAUCAGUGUCCUAGGACCGACCAGAGAUGUUGAAAAAGACGAUAUCAAGAAAUUAGUGUACACUGAAGCAGUUAUAAAGGAAGCUCUUAGAGUUUUACCUAUUGGACCUGCCUUAAUGAGAAAUGUUGAUAAGGACGUUAAACUAAGAAACUACACAUUGCGUGCAGGCAGUCAGUGCGUGAUACUCCCUGUAGGAACUCAUCACGCCCCUGAGUGGGGGGAUGACGUGGAUGUUUUCAGGCCUGAACGAUGGCUGGACCCGGCCAUAGCUACUCUUGGAAACGGCGCCUUCUUUGGAUUUAGUUUGGGCAAGAGAUCUUGUAUUGGCAAAACCUACGCAAUGAUAUCAAUGAAGGUGACACUAUCUCACUUCAUACGUCGGUACCGCAUCACGGCAGAUGUCACCAAGAUGGAGCUGAAGGUAGACAUGAUCCUCAAGCCGACCACAGCUGCUGUUACUAUUGAGGAGAGGAAUUCGUUAAAUUAA